AUGAGUGGUGGAUGGAAUACCAUCGAGUCCGAUGCAGGCGUCUUCACCUACCUGCUCGAGAACCUCGGUGUCAAGGGUGUUCAGUUUGAAGAGCUGCUCACACUCUCCCCCGAUGAGCUAGCGCCGCUGCAGCCAAUCUACGGCAUCAUCUUCCUCUUCCGCUACCCUUCCGAAGGCCUGCCCGCGCGACCAGCAGACUCCUACGACCGCGAUGCCGCCGAGAGCCUCUUCUUUGCCCAGCAGACGAUCCAGAAUGCCUGCGGCACGCAAGCGCUCCUGAGCGUCGUUCUCAAUAAGACCAACGAGGUGGAGAUUGGGGAGAAGCUUGGCGAGUUCCGUGAAUUCACCAUGGUUCUGCCUCCCGAGUUCCGCGGGGAGGCGCUCAGCAACUCUGAGCUGAUCCGCGAUGUACACAACAGCUUCGCCAAGAGCAGUCCCUUCGUCGACGAGACGCAGAAGACGGGUGAGGCCGAGGAUGCCUUCCACUUUAUCGCCUACACGCCCAUCAACGGCAAACUGUACGAGCUGGAUGGACUGCAGCCUGCACCCAUCUCGCACGGCGCCUGCACGACCGAAGAGUUCCCAACCAAGGUGACGCAGGUCCUCCAGGACCGCAUGCUUACGUACGCUAGCUCUGAGAUUCGCUUCAACGUGCUGGCCAUGGUACGCGACCCGAGGAUUGCGGCAAAGGAGAUUGGUGAUUCCGAAACCCUGGAGCGAGAGAACGAGAAGCGCCGCAACUGGAGGUUUGAGAACGCCCUGCGUCGACACAACUUUGUUGGAUUCGCAGGCGAGGUCCUGAAAGGCGUUGUCGCGCAGAAAGUCGAGGGUGGCGAUGCGGCAUACGAUGCCUGGAUCAAGGAGGGCCUCGAGCGGAGGAAGAGAGAUGAGGAUGCCGUGAGAUUGAGACGGAAGAUGGGUGGCGGCGGUGACGACGACGAAGAGAUGAUCGGUUAA